AUGAAGGUCUCGACAACUAGCCUCCUGCUCGCCAGCCUCUACAGCUCGGCCUUUGCUGCUCCCAUCACCGCCGACGUCAACGCGAACGUCGACGUCGAGACCCGCGACAUUGUCGGCAACACCGUCCAGAGCGCAACUGGCACGACUGGCCUCGGAAACCUGGCCAACGUCAACGGCGUUGAGAAGGAUGUCGGCGGCAUCGCUGGCCAGAAUGGUGGUAUCCUCGCCCACGACGGCACCAAGGCGACCGUUGCCGUCAACAACGGCGAGCUCCUCAGCACCGACGCAGACGUCAAGGCCAAUGUCGGUAAUGGCCCGCUUGCCGAUGCCAAGGUCAACGCCCGCUACGACGGUGGCAUUGCUAUCGCAAUCGAGGCAGACGCCAUCUUCGAAGAUCUCGACAUUGAUGCUCGUGCUGUGGAUAUCGACGCUGACGUGACCACUGGCAAGCAAAUCAAGGCCGAUGUCGACGCUGCGAUUAACGCUGAUGUCAACACCGAAGCCAACGUCAAUGUCCGCGAGGCGGUCCUUGACAACGGUGUUGUGGUUGCCGCUGCCGACGUCAAUGCUCGCGGCGUGAACGUUGACGCCAGCGUUGCCGCUGGACAGAUGAUUGACACUGACGCCGACGUGGAGGUCAACUCCCGCGCUGUGAAUGUCGACGCCGACGUUGCCACUGGCGAGCAAAUCAAGGCUACUGUUGACGCUGAUGUCAACGUCGAUCCUCGCAGCGUGAACGUUGACGCCAAGGUUGCCGCCGACGAGCUGCUCGGCACCGACACCAACAUCAAGGCCAACGUCGCCAGUGGCCAGCUCGCCGAUGCUAAGGUCGACGUCCGUGAUGUGGAUGCCGACGUGACUGCCAAUGUUGUCACUGGCCAGCGCGUCAACACUGACGUCAACGCUGAUGUCAACGUCGGUGCUCGCAAUGUGGGUGUCAAUGCCAAUGUUGCCACUGGUGAGCGCGUCAAUGCUGCUGCCGACGUCAAUGCUGAUAUCGAAGGCGUCUCUGCCCGUGGCGUUGUCGGUGAUGCCACCGACAGCGUCGAGUCCACCGUCAAGUCCGCCACCGGAGUGGACGUGAACGGUAUCGUCGGCAGCGGUGCUACGCAGGGCCUGACUGGCAACCUGUAA